AUGGAAGAGGCCGAUCUGAAAGACUCCAGUCGGCGCAAUGCCCAGCAGUGGAUGACCAAGGGCGCCUUGGUACGCGACGACUCGGACGACGAACUGGGCGACGAAGACCUCCCGUGGGAUUGGAUCUACGAGACAGAAGAAGCAGAGGUCAAAGACGAGCCCGAGGCUACCAAUGGCAGCCCAACCAAGUCCGCCUGUCGCCGCCGCUCCUCUCGACCCGCACGCAAACAACGAACAAUCGUCGGCGCUCGCAUGGGCACCUUCGAGUGCCGAUUGGGCCAGGUCGUGCUGCUGAAGUCCCCCGAGGCGGGAAAGGACUGGGCGGGCAUCAUCACAGAGUUUGUGGAAGAGGAGGACCACGACGAGGAGGAGGAAGGCGGGGUGCUCAAAUGCGCCAAUAUCAUGUGGUUCGCCUCGCCGGAUGAGUUCAUGUCAACCCGCAACAAGCGCCGGCCGGAUGUGCUGCCCAAUGAGCAGUACCUCACUGCGGAUUUCAAUGUCAAUCCUUUGACAUCUAUCAAUGGCAAAGCGAAUGUUAUGUCGAAGAACGUCUUCUUCGCGCGAUACCCGAAUGGUACCCCCCCGAAGGGGAAGAAUGAGCUCUCGGAGUACAACAAGUGUAUUGUUUGUCGGAGAGGUGUGAAUCAGGUGCAGGGGAGGUACACGGACGAAUUUGUCUGGGAGGAUGUCUACCAGGAGGAUAAGAUCUUUAACCUCAUUACGAUUAUCAAGGAUGGUUUGAAAGCGGCCCGGAAGCGCAAGACUGCCGAUGACGCCGAUUAUGUCGACGUCAAGGAUGAGAAUAUGGCUCCGACUACGCCUCGGAAGAAACAAAGACUGGCCUCGACGAAUACCACCCCCCGAUCCCAGCGCAAGAAGGCUUUGACUACGCCUACACAUAAGAGAAUUGUCGUCAAAAAGCCACUUGAAUUCACUCCACUGGGCACUCGUGUGCUGGAGCCCUCGCACUUUACCUCUCCAUAUAAGCAAGCACGUACGCUACUGCAUGUCUCGACUGUUCCUGAAUCGCUGCCAUGUCGAAAGACCGAAUUCGACACGGUCUACAAUCAUCUCAGUGCCGCCAUCAUGGAAGGCACGGGGGCUUGCAUUUACAUCUCCGGCACACCAGGAACAGGCAAGACGGCCACCGUGCGCGAGGUCAUCGCGCAGCUUAACUCCGCCGUGCUUGCAGAGGAGAUGGAUGACUUUGUCUUUGUGGAAAUCAACGGUAUGAAAGUGACGGAUCCACAUCAAUCGUACUCUCUGCUCUGGGAAGCCCUGAAAGGAGAUCGAGUAUCUCCUUCACAUGCACUCGAUCUUCUCGAACGAGAAUUCUCUCACCCAUCCCCCCGUCGUGUGUCCUGUGUCGUCCUCAUGGAUGAACUGGACCAGCUUGUUACGAAAAACCAGUCGGUCAUGUACAACUUCUUCAACUGGCCCGCUCUCCGUCACUCGCGGCUCAUCGUCCUGGCUGUCGCCAACACGAUGGAUCUCCCCGAACGAACCCUCAGCAACAAGAUCUCCAGCCGUCUCGGCCUCACCCGCAUCACCUUCCCGGGAUACCGACAUACCGAUCUGAUGCAGAUCAUCAGCACCCGUCUCGCAAACGUCCCCGGCAACAUCGUCGACCCGGACGCCAUUCAAUUCGCCAGCCGGAAAGUCGCCGCUGUGAGUGGUGAUGCGCGCCGCGCCCUCGAUAUCUGUCGGCGUGCUGUCGAAAUUGCGGAACAAUCAGCCGACAAAGACGACCCUGCCACCGGCACCGCAGAGUCCCUGCCUCCAACGCCUUCCAAGACACCAGCACGGCAGGACAAAGCACCCGCCGAAAAAGGAAAAACCGGUCGUGUGACCAUCGCCACUAUCAAACAGGCUAUCCACGAAGCAACCUCCACCCCGCUGCAACAAUCUCUCCGCUGCCUCCCGCUCUCCGGAAAACUGUUCCUCGCCGCCCUGCUAGCCCGGGUGAAGCGGACCGGCCUAACAGAAUCAUCCUUCGGAGAUGUCCUCGAUGAAGCACGUCGCAUCGCCGACGCCGCUGUCGCUGUCGCAGGCGCAGCCGGCGCAGGCGUAAAGGGUUUCUUGCUCGGUGAGGGCGCCGGUUCUCGUGUACGAGCAUUGGCAUUUGCAGCUAUGGAUCUGAUGAACUCAGGUGUGCUGGCUCUGGAGCAAGGCUCCGCGUCAAAGAAUUUACUUGGCGGUUCGACUAUCCCGACGAGGGGAGAUCGCAGCAGUAAAGUGAGGCUGAGGGUUGCGGCAGAGGAUGUUAGGGCUGCAUUUCGGGAGGAUAUCGAGGCCAAGGGGUUUGGGUUGGGUGUUGAGAACUGA